CUAUCUCUUCCAUUACACACAUCACAAAAAGGAAGGAGAGAGAGAGAGAGAGAGAGAGAGAGAGAGAGAGAGAGAGACAAUGGUGAAGAGUGAGAGCAAGAUCCAAUCAGAGGCACUAAAGAAGAAGUACAAAGGAGUGAGAAUGAGGAGCUGGGGUUCAUGGGUAUCUGAGAUAAGGGCACCAAGCCAAAAGACAAGGAUCUGGCUGGGCUCUUAUUCCACCCCCGAGGCAGCAGCCAGAGCCUAUGAUGCUGCCCUCUUGUGCCUCAAGGGCAAUUCCGUCAAUCUCAACUUCCCAGCCUCCUCAGUAUCACACUACCAACGCCAUUCCCCUGAUAAUACCAUCCUGUCCCCUAAAUCCAUCCAAAGAGUCGCAGCUGCUGCUGCCAAUAAAUUCAAUGACAACCAAAUCACUACCACCACCGCAACUCCGCCUCAAUCCUUUACCACCACCACCUCCUCUUCGGCCUCAGCCGCCUCGUCCCCGUCGAUGUCGUCCUUGUCUCCAUCUAACCCUGUCGAGGAUGGUUUCUCAUUAGUAUCAUCAUCAUCCCUAGGUAUAACCUACAAUGAGCUAUUGACUAAUUUGAUGUGCAACUUCGAAUCGCCGAAGUACACGGAUAUGAUCAACGGGGCGAUGUUCGAUCCCCCGGCAAUGGAAGACGUCUACGACGAAAGCGAUAUCCGGCUCUGGAGCUUUUGCUGAUCAUCCGAUGAACUAUUAAUUCCCAAAGCAAGACACAUCUCUAUUAUUUUUAUUUUAAAUACUACUAGUAGUCUUCUUUUCUUUUGGUUAAUACUACUGUAUUUCAGUAUUAUUCAUUGGGUGAUCUUCAGUUAAUUUGGGUGAAGACAUUGCUGACAGUGACCAAUAUUCAUGUUCAAUUCUUGUAUUUUGAGACAGGGGAGGGAACUCACGUGGAGAGGGACUAAUUUUUCAACUCUCCCAUGUGGGUUUCUUGAGAUAUUUCCUAUAUAUUAUGUAUAAUUAAUUUUGUGUUAAUUAA